AAGAUUUGAGGUUAGACUUGCGAAUUGAGAAAGGAUAAUACUGUAACUAUGUUUAAGUUAGGACACGCUGUUGUAGGCAUGAUCCAUGUUCAAGCAUUGCCAGGUACUCCAAGAAAUAGUUUGACAGUACAGAAGAUCAUUGAAGCAGCAUGCAAGGACGCGGAGAUCUACAGUAAAGGUGGAGUUAACGCAGUUCUUGUUGAGAACAUGCACGAUUUGCCUUACUUGCAACAACAUCAGCUGGGGCCUGAAGUGACGGCUACUAUGACAGCUGUUUGUGCUGCUGUGAGGAGAGUCUUGCCUGAACAUAUCAGCUGUGGGGUUCAGGUACUAGCAGGUGGUAACCAGCAAGCCCUCGCAGUGGCGUUGGCUUCAGGGUUUACCUUUAUCCGAGCGGAAGGGUUCGUCUUCUCCCACGUGGCUGACGAAGGGUUGAUGAACGCUUGCGCAGGAGAACUGCUAAGAUACCGGCGCAACAUCGGAGCAACAAAUAUUAAGAUAUUUGCUGAUAUAAAGAAGAAACAUUGCUCGCAUGCUGUCACAAGUGAUGUGAGUCUUCAAGACACAGCCAAGGCUGCCGAGUUCUUCUGUGCAGACGGACUCGUAGUCACUGGAAGUUCUACAGGGGACCCAGCUACUCCAAGUCAUAUAGAAGAUGUACGGAAGGCAUCAGGGCUGCCAGUUCUCGUGGGCUCUGGAGUAACAGCUGAUAACGUUCACAACUACUUGUCUGCUAGUGGAUUCAUAAUAGGGACACAUUUUAAACGUGAUGGCAGGUGGGAAAACGAGGUAUGCCAAGAAAGGGUUGAAAACUUCAUGGCCAAGUUGUACAAUUCCACACAAAGAUUUGAAUAAAGACUGUUUAGCUGCAUUCAAAAUCACAUAAAAUGUAUUUUGGUUAUAAACAAACAUGAGCUUUCUAGAGAAUCAUUGAGUUAACCUUUUCUAUGAUUUGAAAUUAAAUGCUAACUUGUUUAGAGGUACUUCCUACAAGCAUAGAUAAAACAUACUCCCUUAGUAGAUUUCUCAUCCUUAUGGAACAGCUGAAGACAAUUUUAUUGUUAGUUCUGUACGGUUUAUGUAGAGGUCGUGUUUUGUUUACAAUUUGUUUCCCGUUAUUACAGCCAUUUAAAACCUCGUUUAACCAAAUAAUACGAU